AUGGGCGUUGGCAAAGAUGAUAUGCUCAGGGAGCUGGCUGCUUUAGUCACUCAGGAGGCAUUACGGUACCUCAGGAUUCCAGAUGUGAAGGGAGCAACACAAAACCAGAAACCAAGUGAGAAAGAGAAUCCCAGUGAAGUCACGGAGAGAAUCAAGCUGAAUGGAGCCCCAGAUAUCUCAAAAGAGGCCAAAGUUCGCAAGCCUUUCUCAUUAAUGUCAGAAUCACAUCUUGAACGACUGAGAUCCUGCAAAAUUAUUGUGGAGAAAGCCAUUAAGCUCAAAAAAACUUUCAGUGUCCAUGGCCGCUACCCUGUGAUCCGGGCUUGUCUGCGUAGCAGAGGUUGGGUGGAAAAAAAAUAUGCUAAAGUUCCGAAGAAUUCACCGAAAAAGGAUAAAUGUAACCCGGAGGAUAAUGACGUGGAUUUUGAUGAUGAUGACGAUGAUGCUGAUGACGAUGAUGAUGGUGACAGUGAUAACAAGGACGAUGAUAAAGAAACAAGGAUCAAGUUUGAUACCCAGGAAAGCAUCUACGAUAUAAUGUCCCGACUGUUGAAACAUGAUGCCCCAUAUUUCAUCUGGACGACUGUCAUCAACAUGACUGAAGUUCAGAAUCUGCUCAAGGAUCAGAUGAUUAAUCAUUAUGUCGGAGCUGGUUCUUUCACCACCAAGGCGGGGCUCUGUGUAAAUCUGCGAAACUUCCAGUGGUUCCACCAGGUGAAUCCAGACAUAUUCUUCCCAAGAUGCUACAGGCUGGCAGCGGCAGAGGAAAAGCAAGCGUUUAUCGAGGAUUUCCGACUGACAACAGCCAGAAACAUUCUGAAGUGGGUUGUGGAACAGAAGAAGAAGAAUGAUCAUAUUCUCACGGAGAAUAAGAAUCAAAAGGAGGAAUCUGUAUCUUCUGGAAAAAAAGGUAUAGAAAAGCAGUGCUGUGUUGUCAUUUCAUCACAGCUGGUGCAGACAGCAGUCCUCGCCUGCGAGGAGCACCUGAACUACUUGGAGCACAAGGACAUUGAUGUGAGCCUGGAUGCCCCACCAGCAAUAACAGAGGAGUGCUGGGACAGGAUCAUCCAGCAAUACUACCAGGUCAUUCAUAACGGAGCGAUGAUUCAGGACUGGAGCAGUUACGUGGGCGUGUGUACGCAUAUCCUCCGGCAGCUGCAGGCGGCCAGCCCACAGAUGGAUAUGGAGGGAAUGCAUAACAUCUGGAUUGUGAAACCUGGAGCCCAGUCCCGUGGCAGAGGAAUUACCUGCAUGAACCGGUUAGAGGAGAUCCUGAAGGUUGUCUGCGGGGAAGCAAGCAUCUUUUCAGAGGGCAAGUGGGUGGUGCAGAAAUAUAUUGAAAACCCACUGCUUAUUUAUGGGACAAAAUUUGACGUGCGCCAGUGGUUCCUGGUGACGGACUGGAACCCCGUGACCAUCUGGUUCUAUAAGGACUGUUACCUGCGCUUCUCUUCUCAGCCUUUCUCAUUGAAAAACCUGGACAUAUCAAUUCACUUGUGCAAUAACUCAAUCCAGAGACGCUGUGAAAACUCCUCAAGCCGACACCCGAUGGUGCCCACAGACAACAUGUGGACAAGUGAACAGUUCAAGGACUAUCUGAGGAAGAACGGCAAGGGCAGCAUGUGGGAGCAUAUCAUCUCGCCGGGCAUGAAGAAGGCUAUAAUUCACACCAUGCAGAUGGUGCAGGAUGGGAUGAAACCUCGCAAGAACAGCUUUGAGCUGUAUGGAGCAGAUUUUCUGAUUGGGAAGGAUUACAUCCCGUGGCUGAUUGAGAUUAAUUGUAGCCCCACAAUGUCACCGUCCACAGCGGUCACCGCCAUGCUGUGCACCAAUGUGCAAGAGGACACCAUCAAGGUGGUUGUCGAUCGAAGGAAUGAAAGGACCUGCGACAUAGGAAGAUUUGAGCUUUUGUACAGACAGCCUGUGAUGGACAUUCCUCUGUACAUUGGAAUAAACCUCUUGGUUGAAGGAUCAUGUAUCAGGAAACCACGCCCUCCAGUACAGAAAAAUGUCACCACCAUCUGGCUUGGCAACACUGCCCAGAACCCCAGCACAACAGAGAAAGCUACUCCCCUUGGAGCCCACAAUUGUUCCGCCAGCUUGAAGGAGUGCAUCCGCAUGGUACCAGGCGGUAACCCAUUUACUGCAUUCGGUCCAGACUUGUCAAGGAAUGUCCCAUUUCCCAACACCACCAGCAGCGCAACAAAUUCCUUAGUUCCCAGUUGCAGCAUUGCAAAUAAUAAUAGUGUCUCCAACAAUGCAACCAAUGAAGUGAAUUACAUUGUCCCCAAUAAUUCCACUAGUGCAAAGAAUUGUGUCCUUCCCAAUAAUUCCACUAGUGUAAGGAAUUGUGUCCUUCCCAAUAAUGCAACCAGCGUAAGGAAUUGUGUCCUCCCUGAUAAUUCCACCAGCGCAAGGAAUUCCAUGGUGCCUAAUAAUUCUUCCAAUACAAAGAAUUCCAUCAUGACCAAUAGUUUGAGGUCUUCCCCUUCCAAUAAUUCAGGCACUACAAAAAGUGCUUUAUUUAUCAGCAAUUCAUGUAAUAUGAGAGGUUUCUUCAUAUCCAAUCCCAGCCAUGCGAAGAAUCAAAAAACCUCCAACAAUCUGAACCAGGUGAAGAAUCAUGCCAUUUCCAAGAUUACACAGAAAACAAAACAUGUCAACAGUUCCAACCACCACAAGACAAAUAAUCCAGGCAAUACUAAAAUAAUAGGCAAACACGUCUUAACUGCAUGGGAUAAAAUUGAGGAAAUUAAGAGUAAAAUUGCUGAAGGCAUGCAAGCAGGUAUUGCAACAGCUAUAACUGAAAACGUUGAGAAAUAUAGUGCUAUCGACCAAGACGAACAGCGCUAUAACACACCACAGAAGACCAUCAAAAUGAAUAUGAGCAGAAAGAUGCCCAUUUACUCACCUAAUAUGUCAGAGGUGAACAUGUCUGUCAAACACUUGAUCCUUCCCAAUCGUCAGACACUCCGCAAUCCCCUGCACAUCAGCCUGAAGAUCCUCAGCCUUGAUACCCAGGAUUUUAAUCGUAAUAAAAACUCAAAAUCUACAAUUUCCUCAGACAGAAGCAAAAGUACCCUGGAGAAAACGCUGCCAUUGCGUUAUUCCUACAAUUCUCCGCGGGUGCGGUUGAAGAGCCCUGCUGUCCCGCAGCUGCAUAUCACCAGUUUGCUGCCCACCUUUAAAGGUGCCCCAGUCAUCGCGAGCAAGAGGUGCACAGAGCUGCCUCAGCAAACCAGUGCAGGGCUGAAGGCUAACCAGCACGAUCUAAAAAAACACCAACUCGUAAGCACCUUCACACUUUUCCAGUAACAAUGAUUUUUGGUGCCAGAUGCUCAGUAACAUGAGGGACAUUUCAUGCAUUAUUUCCAAGAUUAGGUACUCCAAAUCAAUUUACUUUAAAAGUAACUUUUUUUCUAUGAAGAAUUUGUAUGUUUUGACAGAAAAAAAUAGCUGCUACUUAAUCAUAACGAGGAUGAAAGGACUUUCAAAAGGCCAGUUGUGGUACAUACGUCAGGUCCACACAGCACUUAGGAAAGGGGGGGUGGGGAUGAUUUUAUUAAUGUAACACAGUGAUUCUCAUUAUUGGUAUGUUAUAAAAUGGCUCAGAUUCUCCUGCCUCCUUUCAGGAAACAGUUCCCCUCCACUGUUGCCAAUCAAUUGUGAAGGUAUCAUUUGCAAUAGAGCCAUUAUGAGGUGAAUGAAAUUGAAAUGGACAGUAAGAGAAACAGCAUCAGAAUCAAUUGCCAGAUUGGUAACAGAAUUGGUAACAUUUUGGGGAGCUGUGGGCACAAGGAACAUUUGGCAUUAAGACUAUAUCAAUAGAUUGAUAGUGAUCAUUUUUUUUUACAGGGUAAACAAUCAGAUAAUUAAACUGAUACCCUGUAUCAGAAACAAGAAUUAUGCAAUAUCACUGGACAUUUGUGUUCUGCUCGGAUUUGGACACAAUCAAUUCUGAUGUAAUGAGACUGUAAUGAAUUAAGCACAAUAAAAUGAAUAUCACAGA